CGUAGCCAGACUGACGAUGCUGCUCCUUGAGCCGAGCGCCGGGGGGGACCCGAGCUCACCCGCUUGUCCCACGCGGGGCUCACGGGCUCCGUCCCCCUCUUUGCACUUGGCCCAAGCGAAGUGACCGGGCCAAGGUCACACGGCAGGUCUUGGCCAUGAGGAACACGAGCAAAGAAUUCCCUGGACCCCAAAACCGCUAUGCCCCUUGUGACUGGUAUUACCAUCUUCCACUGAAACGACCGGAAAAGACUUCAGACGUCGCUCUUCCUCCAGCUUCCCAGAUCCCGGGCUUGAGCGACCUCGGAGAACCUCACCCUGAGAUUGCAUUUCGCAGCCGACGGAAAUGGAUAAAAGACACGGACUCAGACUACGUCAAGCUGGCGAAACAAGGAGGCAGGCCCGAUCUAUUGAAACAUACGACUCCUGGAACAAGAAAAGACUCUCCAGUGGCGUAUUCAGUACCCGACUGGUACAUCCACCACAGCAAACCAACAACAGUCGAUCAAACCCACUACACAGUACCUGACUGGUAUACUCACCACAGCAAACCAUCAGCGGCCGAUCAGAGAGAAAUUCCCCUUUCCUCCAUGCCAGAUUAUAUGAUUCAUGAAGAAUUUAACCCCAAUCAAGCUAAUGGGAUUUAUGAAUCCAAAAGGGGGCCUUUUGAUUUUGAUAUGAAAACAUUUUGGCAGAGGGAAGCUGAGGAAAAUGACAAAGAGAAAAAAACGCUGAAACUACCGGCCAUUAACUCAAGGUAUUCAAGAAGAAUGGUCUCUUCUACUGCUGGAACCAAGAAUAGUAAUUCAGGAAGUAAGAUUUCCUUUCCACCGAUGCCCGGUCAAAGAACGAGUGAGCCGACAAACUUCAGUAAACUGAUUAGCAAUGGUUAUGUAGAUGGGGAUAAAAGAUCUCCGCAAACAUCCAAAAUUUCCGAGGUGACCAAAAGUUCUGAAGAAUCUCAGAGUUCGGAAAUUCCUGAAGACACUGAAAAAUGUGAAGAUUCCACUAGUCCAAGUAAAGCCGUGUCUCAGUCAGGAUCAACACCGUCGGAGCUCAAAUAAAACCUGCAGCUACUAAACACGAUAAGCUGUAGGGAAAACGAAACAGAGCAAAAAAAAAUAGCAUUGCCUGUGAAACAUCUCUGUAGGAGGACCUUGGUUACAAUAUGUUGAUAUAAGGGCUUUAAGAAAAGAUAAUCUGGUAGUGAGGUUUGACAAUGUUGGCUUAUGUAACAACGUAGAUCAGGUGUGUAUUCCCCUCCCCUGGCCCCCUUCCGCCAUUAGUUAUUAUGAGAUAACAUAAUAGGACAAACUAAAUGUUUGCCCUUUGUUCCAUUUGGUCAGCCAGCUGAUUUUUCACUGAUAUCACUGACAGCAAUUAUUUCUUCCUUUGCUAAGUACGAUAGGACUUCAUCUGGUGUUUGUGUUUUAUAACCACCGACGGCACAUGGUUUUGAAAAUGGAGGAGCGUUGCCUGAAAAUCUACCAGAUAUUUUUGAAAUAUUCUACAUGGUUCUUCAUUUCUUUUAGAAAUGAUUUGGAACACCUAUGAAAGUUCUCUCUUAAAUAUUUAAUUUAAUUAUUAGAAUAUUGUUGGGUAAGUAAGCAAAGCAUUUUUAUUUCAUAUGCCCUUGAAGUUUCAAAGUAACAAGAAAUGUAAUCCAAGAAUAUUAUAAUGUUCACUUAAGAGAAAUUAGGAUUUCGUUGUUUAUAUAUUUGAAGGUUUAGACUAUGAAAUAUUUAGGCAAGAGAAUCGCAAUGCUUGCUUUAAGGAAAAUAGUGCUUAAUUAACAUAUGGUAAUGUAGGUUCUGCCUUUCAGUAGAGUGACUUAAAAGUCAAGGUCAUCACAUCGACGGUUGUCACUCGUUUCAUAAAUUGCAUGUACAUAGUGGUCUAUAUAAAAUGGCUACCAUUAUAAAAGGGGCUUGCACAAUUAGUUUUUUGUUCAUUAGGUUAAAUUUGAAGAAUUACAAUAUGCUUAAUAGAAGAUUUGUUUGAUUGUUUCAAAAUAAAUUUACUGUGAACUAUGUAUCUGUUCGCCUGAAAUAAAAAUUUAAAAGCC